AUGCUCAACAGAGCAGCAAGUACGUUGGUGAAAAGGAAAAUGGCGACGAAACUUACUCUUACCAAAGUCGAACAAGAUGUGUGCUCCCUACUUAAGGAUUACAGCCAUGAAUAUAACCAAGCUAAUAAGUUCAAAGAACCGCUUACACUUCGAAUUACAGGCGGAUGGGUUCGUGACAAAUUGUUAGGCUUGAAUUCUCACGAUUUGGACAUCGCAGUGAACACCAUGUCCGGAGAACAAUUCGCGCUCGGAUUAAGCGAUUUCCUGAUUCGCAACCAUCAGGUUUAUGGAAUCACGCCACAUUCAAUUCACAAGAUUGACAGAAAUCCAGAAAGGUCGAAACAUUUGGAAACGGCCACCACAAAACUGUUUGGUAUCGAGGUCGACUUUGUGAAUCUGAGAUCGGAGGAAUACUCCACUGACUCUCGAAUUCCAAUCGUUGAAUUCGGCACUCCGGAACAAGACGCUCUUCGACGUGACGCCACAUUAAACGCGCUGUUUUACAACAUCCAAUGCGACCAGAUUGAAGAUUUCACGGGCACAGGACUCGAGGAUUUAGAAAGAGGUGUCUUACGUACGCCUUUGCCUCCUUUACAGACCUUUCUGGACGAUCCCCUGCGCGUUCUUCGUUUGAUUAGGUUUGCAUCGCGGUUUGGGUUCUCAAUCGACCCUGAAACUUAUGAAGCGAUGCAAGACCCCGAGAUCAAUAGUGCUCUGGAGCUGAAAAUUUCCCGUGAGAGAGUCGGGAUAGAGAUUCAAAAAAUCUUACAGGGACCUAGUCCCUUGUUAGGCUUGAAACUUAUACAAGAGGCGGGUCUGGAUAACGUCAUAUUUUACUGGCACAGUGAUCCUGCUAUUAUAGCAUACAACACUGAGAUGACUGAAAUGAGCGAACAUAACCAAGCCUAUGCGAACUUGAACAAACAUAUUGCCCUAGUGCUUGCAAAAUUGCCGGCCGUCCUCGAAGGCCUUCCACGAUUGACCGAACGAUGGAAUAAGAGCCCAGCUUUCAAACAAGAUUUUAUUCUUAGCGUCAUACUAGCCCCAUUUAAAGGCAUCAAAAUCAUUUGGAAUCCUCAAAAAGCUCUCAAGCGCGAGCUAUCUCUUUCCGAGAGUAUUGUAAAAGAUGGUUUGAAGCUGGGAAAGAACGAUUCCGAUUUGAUCGGCAAAUGUGUGGAGUCGCUUUCUGUGUAUCACAGGAUGGUGCUAGAAUAUCAGGAUAUGUCAAGAAGUGACAUUGGUAUGAUCUUGCGAGACUACAAGGGUCAGUGGGAACUGGCUCAUCUGGCAAAUUUGACUUUAGCAUAUUGUGACGACGAAACGCAUUUGGAGCGAUACCAACUUUUUUUCAAGUUCGUUAUUGACCAGAACUUGGAAAACUCUCAUUCUUUGAGACCAUUGAUAGACGGAAAGACUUUAUCGAAACAACUGGGUGUUAAACCGGGACCUUGGAUGAGUCGCGUUGUUGCAGAUAUGAUCAAAUGGCAAUUCGAUAACCCCACCGGAAACGAAGAUGAAAUUAUGGAAUUUGUCCGAGAGAUCUUACCUAGGUAUACCUCCCAGUAA